AUGAAACAAAUCUCCAUCUGGGUACUUUCUGUUUCAUUCGUUCUCAUCACUCAUGUGACAAAUUCCGUGGAUGAUGGGGCCAGGGAUUUAUUGGUUGAAUUCUAUAAACAAUUGUCUAACAACAAUUUCCCACCUGAUCCUAGUUUCGGUUGGAACUCAACUUCUGAUCCCUGCAAGAAUCAGUGGAAGGGUGUGAUCUGUGAUCAUAACACUAACAGUGUCGUUAAAAGAAUAGUUUUUGAUAAUUUUAGCCUUUCAGGUUUUCUUAAUGCUAGUGCUCUUUGCAAUGUGCAAUCUCUUGCUGCGUCUCUUAAUGUUAUUAAUCUUAUUCUGAACAACAUUGGUGGUGCGAUCCAAGCUGAUAUUGCAAAUUGCAAACAACUCACUCGCUUGCUCUUGGGUGGUAACCAGUUCUCCGGAAACCUUCCAGGCUCACUUGCAAUGUUAGGUAAUCUGAAACAACUUGACAUAUCAAACAACAUAUUUUCUGGUGACUUGCCAGGUUUGUCCAGGAUUUCAGGUCUCAGAAUGUUCCUUGCACAAAAUAAUCAGCUCACAGGGGAGAUACCUGAAUUUGAUUUCUCCAAUCUUGUUCAAUUCAAUGUCUCCAACAACUUCCUCAAGGGUCCUAUUCCUGAUGUGAAAGAUCGAUUUCCUGCAAGCUGCUUCCUAGGCAAUCCUGAAUUAUGUGGAGACAUAUUUCAAAAACCUUGUCCACGAGAGAAAAAGAAAUCAAAAGGUGUCUCCAAGAAUCAGAUUCUUAUGUACUCAGGGUAUAUUGCACUGGGCUUGGCUAUUGUUGCUUUGAUUCUUUGCAGGCUCAAAAAGAAGAAAGGAGAAAAAGUUGACUCUCCAAGUCCAAAUAAGGUGGCAUCAGUUGAUAAUGUUGUUGACAAGCCUAGUGUUACAUCAACCGAGUUUAAAACAGAAGUGAGCAGAUCAGAAUUUUCAAUCCAUUCAGCUGAAAGUGCAUUGGCCUCAUCUUCACUGGUAGUUCUCACGAGUCCUGCAGUAAGUGACUUGAAAUUUGAGGACUUGCUUAGAGCUCCAGCUGAGUUGAUUGGGAGGGGAAAGCACGGUACCCUCUAUAAAGUCAUCUUCGAGAAUGGGAUGGUGCUGGCUGUGAAAAGGAUUAAAGAUUGGACAAUUUCAACUGAUGAUUUUAAGCAGAGGAUGCGUAGGCUAGACCAAGCAAAGCAUCCAAAUGUCCUGCAAGCUCUUGCCUUCUAUUGUUCAAAGCAUGAGAAGCUCCUGGUCUAUGAAUAUCAGCUGAAUGGAAGUCUAUUCUCACUUCUCCAAGGAAACCGAAAGGGACAAAAAUUUGAAUGGGCAAGCAGACUUGUUGUUGCAGCAAAAAUUGCUGAGGCACUGGCCUUCAUGCAUCAGGAGCUUCACAGCGAUGGAAUUGCUCAUGGUAACUUGAAAUCCUCAAACAUCAUGCUGAAAAAGAAUAUGGAACCUUGCAUAAGUGAAUAUGGUCUUAUGGUGGUGGAUCCUCAAGAAUCCUCUUCAAGUGCCAAUGUUAAUGGCCUGAAAACAAUGCAACAAACUGAGGAUAAUGCAUCUAAUGCCUUCAAAGCAGACAUAUAUUGCUUUGGGGUGAUUCUGCUCGAGCUACUAACUGGAAAGCUGGUCCAGAAUGAAGGGGUUGAAUUGACUUCAUGGGUUCACUCAGUGGUUCGCGAAGAAUGGACGGUAGAAGUUUUCGACAAGUCUCUAAUUGCAGAAGGUGCAAGUGAAGAGAGGAUGCUGAAUCUGCUGCAGGUGGCUAUAAAAUGUGUUAACCACUCUCAGGCUAGGCCAAGCAUUAACCAAGUUGUCGCCAUGAUCAACACCAUGAAGGAGGAAGAAGAUAAAUCACGAGUCAAUGAACCAUAAUCAAGCAACUUCUUCAUCCAUCGAUCAGAUGAAGAUUCACCUAAAGAUGAUACAGCAAAUUUCAGGGUCCAUAUGUUUUCGUUCAAAUUUUUCAUUGCAGGUAGUCCACCACUGAGUAAAACUCAAUUUUGCAGAGAAUAUUUGUAUUUUAAACUCAAUAAUUGAGCAGUAACUCCUGCCUUAAGUCCCAUGUCUUAGAAGUUAGAAUCUUCAAAAACUAUUUUUACCACAAAAUGAUGGGAUUUAUAUUGCUACACUGUUUUAUUUUGAUAUGCUAUAGCUCCUGGUCUGUAAGAUAAUAGAAACAUCCAAC